UUUUAGCACUGAGUUGUCUUUCCGGAUCCACGGCCCUCACUUCCGUGUUGUUAACAAGGUACAAUCAAUUACUAGGCCUCGACAGUAAAGUUUUGAAAACUGUAAGCAACCGAAGUGGUUACCGUUCCCACGGCACCCGCCUCAGGUCGGUAUCAGCGGUCCCUGUGUUCAGUUUGAACAGUUGAUCUGGUGCUCGUAAAGAAAACGCGCAUGCUAGCACCGGGAUUUGAGCUCACACGCAGAUCAAACUAAAUGGCCCAGCUGGUGACAUUCAGGGCCAGCUGUUAACACGCUUUGUCGGUGUCACAUCGGUCUGCAAUGGGCAGUCACUUCCGUAGCUACAUCUGGGACCCGGUGCUCAUUGUGAGUCAGAUCGUGUUGAUGCAAUGCAUCUACUACAGCUUCUUGGGCUUUUGGUUAGCUGGAGUGGACAGUCUGGUGCAAAGUAACCGGUCAUUGGACCAGGUCUUCAGCUAUGAACUCCUUGGUUUUGCAACAAUUCAGGGCAGGCUCUCAAUGAUGGCAUUCAUCUUGAACUCUCUUACAUCCGCCCUUGGUCUGUGGUUCUUCAUCCGCCGGGGAAAGCAGUGCCUGGACUUCACGGUCACUGUGCACUUCUUCCAUAUGAUUGCCUGCUGGAUCUAUAAUGCUCAUUUUCCAUCUGCCCUGUCCUGGUGGCUCGUCAAUGGAGCCUGCAUGGUGUUGAUGGCUGUAAUCGGGGAGUACCUGUGCAUGCGGACUGAGCUCGGGGCUAUUCCAGUCAAUAGUGGACCCAAAUCUAACCUGUGAAAUUUUGUCGAUACCAGGUUGAAAAUUUGUGGACGUUUAACUACGGAGAAACUCGCUCAGAGGAGGUUUUUCCACUGCUUUCAAAGGAAAUGGAAGCAGGCGAUUCCCUCAGCGUAGAUGUUGGAUUGUCAUCUUUUUUCUGCAACUGAUAAACCAGAUGAACUGAUCUAUUUAUUAUUCAUAAAUGUUGGACAGUAUUAGCUGUGUAGCAAAAUACAUGCUUUAUUGCUCAUAGAGGCAGAUAUCAAUUUACACCAUUCUCUGAACCUCAUCACUGUAUUGUAUGUUAUUUAUGUAAUUGCACUUUUGUGUUCAUUUUAAUUACCCUGCAUUCCAUUUUUAAGAAUUGCGAUAUUUUUUCACUGAUUUGUGCCCAUCUUCAAAUGAUAAAUUAAACUUCAGAGACAAUGCAGACUGUUAUAAAGCAGCAGAGCAGCAACAUUCUCUUUACCACUUUGUGCUGCUAAAAUUACAAGCUGGCCUCGUUGGCAAUCAAACGUGACCAUGAUGUGAAAGGGUAUUUUUGGUUUUAAAAUUAAAAUUUUAUUCACUGCAAAAUCGGCAAGUUACCUGUUGAGAUUUUAUGUUUUCUUGUUCUUGUUGGGUUACAAGUUCAGUGUGUAAACAUGUAUGCUGAAGUGUUUCGACGCAGCAAUCAAUCAUUCUAAAUCCAAAUGUUUGCUUCAUAAUCUAUAAAAGUAUAAAAUUGGUCUUACGAUUCGUUUUGCACACAAUGCUUGGAUUUGGCCUUGUCGAGCUUGUACAUCAUAUUCCACAGCCUGCGUUGUUUGUCUCCGUCGCGUUACGUCAUGAUUUAUUAUGCGGACGUGGGGGCCACUUCGAGGACGGUUUGUCAGCCACCAGCUGUGUUCUGACAGCAGGCUGUCUGUGUUUCUGUGGGGGCUGUGAUGUGAUAAGUGCUGAAAUGUGCAGCACUAGUGGCUUCUGGAACACUUCUCAUUAUAUGAUGGCAUUUAGAAAGCUGUUUAUUUUGUUAAAUUUAACUACUUUUUCUUAGAAUAACAAGUCCUGGAACAUAUAUUAGAAUAUAUUUUUAUUCUGUGGUGAAUUUCAGCUCAAAUCUCUCGUCUGCUUUUGAGGCAGAGAUUGAUGGUUAAAUGCUGUACAAUAGUUGGAGAGAUUCACUUAUUAGCUUUAUUGUGGAGUUAGGACAUCAAUUAUGCCUCUCAUGUCUGCUGAUUUAAUAUAAGACCACCGCCAGCCGGGGUUUUCUUAUUAUGGAUUGGCAAAUUGGAAAAAUCUAGCUGUAGUUUCAUAAAUGCACAAACAUUAGAGUGGUAUCAGUCCUCUCCUCCAAAGAAAGCAUUUACGCGUACAUCCCUUAAGUGUCGACCCAUCUUUUUGUUCGAAACCAUGACAACACUGGCCAGCCAGGCAUCGCUACUAUUUCAUAGUUUCUUGCGACAGCUGAUGUGAAAGUUUCCACAUGCAAUGCCACCUUUCUAUUGAACCAUAAAUGUUUUAAUUGUAGUUUUUUUUAUGAUGUUUAAAUACAAAGAGAGAUGGACCUAUUUUUGACUUGUUUCUACUGCAGAAACAACACAGACAACAUGCACAUAAUGUGUCCUCCUCGCUGAAGAUUAAAAUACAGGGUGUUGGCAUUAACAUCAAGGAAUUAUGUUGCAAGUACUUUGGUUAUCAUAUGCGGUUUAAUAAAACACUAUACAAGUUCA